UAUUUUUUGAUGCCUAAAGUCCCUAAACAUAUAUCAGAGAAAUUCGACUCUUUGCCCCUGAACUAUCGAAGGUUGUUUGUGUGCCCAAACCAACAUAAACCUGAAGGCCGUUUGCUAUCAAAGCAUCGAACACGAAGAGAGAGAUUUUGAUUCACAAAUCCUAACCUAAAUUUUUUUUUUGGUUUUGUGAAGGAGGAGAGAGAAAGAGAGAUGGGUUCUGAAGGGAUGAGCGACAGCACCGACAGCAUGAGCUUCCAACCAUCAGAGACAAAGCUCUGCCCCAACGGGUGUGGCUUCUUCGGCGCAGUAGCGACGUUGAACUUGUGCUCCAAGUGCUACAGAGACUUCCGGAUCACAGAAGAGCAUGCCGCCUUGGCCAAGGUCGCCAUGGACAAGCUGGUUGAUGGGUUUCGUGUGGAGAUCCGUGCUGGGUCGUCGUCUUCGGCGGUUGAAACCGCCGUCGAAUCGUCGGCGGCGGCGAAGCAUAAAUUUCAGCCGAUACCCGCUGCUUGGUUGGAUUACUAGGCUUGUAUGUAAUAUUUGUUACACAAAUAAUUGCUUAUAUAACUGUAGCUUCAAGUCCAGACCCUGCUGCUAAUGUUUGUAAAAUCAAAUUCAGUGUAGCUUUGUAUAACAGUUUUUACAAAUGUGGUUUCUUUGAAGCACUGCCCACCCCAUGACUCUCUGAUUCGGGAGAAAUUCUAGAAUUUCUCUGGAAGAGGAGAACUGAAAUUUUCUGUAGUUUGAUAAAUUUUCUCUGAAUGGGUCAAAAAAUAAUUUUCUCUGGCAUGUUUAAUUAUCUCUGUGAUGUU